CCUGGAACGACUCGCCCCGCGCGCGACGAAUGCGAAACAAAACGGUGAAGCUGUAAAUAAACAAACAAACAAACAAACAGACAAACAUGUUUUGUUGGACAGACGGAAGUAGCGAGAAUCUCCGCGGCCUCGAGAACACGUCGAAGGCCGAGAUUCUGAGAGGAAUUGUCGCAGAGAAAAUGUCCACGGCCGCGAAGGAAAUCUUAGCGGUGGUGGAGAGAACCGUGACCGGGUACGAGGAGGAGGUUGCGGGCCUGAGGCUGGAGAUCGACCGGCAGAAGCAGCAGCUGCGGGUUCUGCUGCAGCCGCGGGUCAAACUGGAGAGAACAGCUCUGAUCACAGACGUCAGCACACGUGAUGUGGACCUGGACAAAGACGAGGAGCAGCAAACACAGCAGUCAGUAGGGGGAAACAGCGGGGGCGCGGAUUUCCUGUGGUACGACGACGGUGACGAUUUUGGUUCUGACGAUGAAGAGCAGACGGUGCAACUGGAAAUAAACUCCCCACAGAAACAACAAGACCUGCAGGAUCCAGAUUUUCAGAUCGAGUCCAGCUCCAUGAAAAGAAAACCCGGCAGACCUCGGAUCAACGACUCGGAGUCAAAUCACCUGGAUUUGAAGCUCCGCCUCCUGCACAGCGCGCAGGUCGACCGUCUCUCUAAUGCUGUGUUGAAAAAGUGCCCCCUGCUGGAGUUGCAGUGCCCUCGCGGCCUGCAGGAGGCAGACUUCCUGCAGCUGCUGCGCUCCACCUUCCCUCAGCUGCCGCCUCACAAACACGUGGACGUGUUCGUGAGCGACAGGAGCCGCAGACUGUUUCCUCUGAGGACCAGGACCCUGACGCCGGAGGAAAUCCUGACCGCCAUCAGGUCCACGGGGGCGGGGAAGUCUGCCCUCUACCUGCGACUGAAGAGAGACGAGCUGGAGGGGAAGGAAGAGGCGGAGCUUCACAUGCUGCCAGGAAACAAGAAGGAGGACAUGACGGCGACGGAACAGGAAGCAGGAAGCAGUUUGAGAGCGGACGCUCUCGCCGUCAGCUCGCCAUCGCAACAGUCCGACUGGAAAGCGCCCAAAAAAACGAGGAGGACGGAAGCACCCGGAGGCCACAGCGCUGCGCCGAGUAAACUGCGGUGUCACGUUUGUGGGCGGUCCUACAAAUUCCGGGGCGGCUUCUUCAAACACGCCUGGAGCCACGUGGACGAGCUGCUGCGCGAGUGCGGCGUGUGCGGCGCUCGCCUCGACUCCGUGGACGAGCUCAAGGCUCACCUGCGACGCCAGCACGAGAUGCACGACUGCGCGCUCUGCGGCAAGUCCUACUCCAGCGCCGGCAAGCUCGCCGGACACGUGGCCACGCACGCCGAGCAGAACCGCUUCAGGUGCGACGCGUGCGGCAAAACCUUCACGCACCGCGCCGGCUUAAAUAAUCACCGCUGGGUUCACGUGGCGGAGAAACCGCACGGCUGCGGCGUCUGCGGCAAACGCUUCGGCCUGAAGACGCAGCUGAAAUAUCACAGCAAGACGCACGGCGCUCCCGACGCGUACCGCUGCGGCGAGUGCGGGAGAACGCUCAGCGGCGUCACGGCGUUCCGGCGCCACAGGGCGACUCACCUGGCGGAGCAGCGCUGCGUCUGCGAGGUGUGCGGGAAGCGCUUCAAACACCCUGACCGGCUGAAGGCGCACCUGAGGGUCCACGCGGCGCGGGAGCGGCGCUACCUCUGCGACGUCUGCUGUAAGACCUUCCUGUCCAACGGCGCGCUCAAAGGUCACCUGCGCACGCACAGCGGCGAGCGGCCGUACGUCUGCGACGUCUGCGGCAAGCGCUUCGUGGCCAGAAGCUGCCUGACGAGACACACGGCGGUGCACUCGGACGCGGCGCCGCACGCCUGUGCCGAGUGUGGCCGCUCCUUCAAGACCACCAGUUCUCUGAAGACGCACGCCGCGAGCCACGCGGGCGUCAAGCGGUUUGUGUGCAAGGUCUGCGGCAAAGGCUGCGCUCGCCAGGAUCACCUGACCGUUCACAUGAGGACGCACAACGGCGAGCGGCCGUACAAGUGUUCGCUGUGCGACAGAGCGUUCACGCAGAGCCACUGUCUGAAGACGCACAUGAGGAGACACGAGACGGACGCACGCGCGGGACACGCAGGAGACGACGGAGGACACGGGUCCCAGAGUCUGGACGCACAGUCCUGAUCCUGUUUCCUUCACAGGUCCAUUGUUGUGUAAGUGGCCAAAGUUUGAAAGAAACUGCCUCAACAUCGACAUGUUUUUUUACAAAAGACUUUUUAAUUUAGACUUUUGAAUCACUGCAGCUUUGUGAAGCAGAAUAAGACACAAACACUGAGUGAAAACAUGGCUGCCAGUUUAUAUCCACACAUGUUCACGUCUUUAUCUCACUGUGACACAGACUUUUGUAAACCACUCACUCUCCCACACCAAAGCCCAUAGAGAAAACCAGUGAUUUUAACAUCACACACACAGGAGUUGUUGAUCCACUGCUGCCUCCAUCACUAAGUUCAAAUGUCUUAUUUUGUCACUUCGGCAUUAAAAAUCCUUCGUUCAGAUUUACCUCAGUGACACAAAGUGACCACACGAGGCAGCAGCAGACCAGCAGCUCCUGUGUCCCAGUGAGUUUAAAUCGCUGAUUUUCUCUCUGGGCUUUGGUGUGGGAGAGUGAGUGGUUUACAAACAAGAUUCUAUCGUAGACUUAAACUGACAUGUUGUCGUCUCUUGUGACAAAACACCUGAACUAACUCUUUAGCAUUCAAGCAAAACUUCUAACACACAGAAAAGUAACGAUAAUAAAUAAAUCUGUCAAAAAUACAAUCUGUGUUUUUCUGAUCCUGUAAAUAAAGCGUAAACCUGACGUCACGGCAGCUCCAGCAUGUCGAACUCGCUCAGUAUCCGCUGCGUCCGCUGGUGAACCCGCGCCAGCGCGCGAAUCAUGAUGCGCAGAAUGGGCGUGGCCUCCUCCUGGCUGUUUACGCACACCAGCUGCAGGAAGUAGCUUCUCUCCGGGAGGGCGAGGAAGACGAACUCGGCCGCCUGACGCAGCACCCAGUGGUGGUGCGGCGCCAACGCUACCAUGUAGGCGUCUCUGCGGGUUCAGCGGUUGUUCAU